AUGGCGGCACUGUCUGUCUCGCAGCUUUCAAUGUCAUGGAUGGCGCUUUUGUCGUAUCUGGAUAAAUCAGGUUUGAAGAAUGGACUGGCCCUUUUAGGUAAGCGAUCGAAUACUGAUUUUAUCAUCUUUAAAGGGAAAAAUUCUUGUCCGGAACGGGAGUUACUGUUAAUCACCAAGCUGCUAUCGUCUCCAGUUGCCCUUGUAGGUCUAUCUCCCAUUCGGAUUCUUGACUGAACAAGCUUAUUGAAGUAGACUAGAAAUACGUGUCUCGCAAAAUCUCGUGAAUUCGGUGUGAACAGUGUCACUAGUCUCUUAUGCGGUCGUUUUUUGUAUGAAUAGUGUCACUCAGAGAACAAUGGACUCUUGUAAAACUUUGAAAGCUUUGAACCCAGGAGUCAUUUCAAAAGGUUGAGUUUGAUCGUCCGGGUGAACGUAGUCCUGAAUAGGACUGUUGUUGUUGACAGUGACUGACGUUUCGACAACCUGUGCGGUAGUCAUCUUCAGAGUCAUCAACUGACGUGACACAACUCACUUUGACUCUGAAGAUGACUACCACACAGGUUGUCGAAACGUCAGUCACUGUCAACAACAACAGUCCUAUUCAGGACUACGUUCACCCGGACGAUCAAACUCAACCUUUUGGGACUCUUGUAAAUUCAACUUAUUUGAAGUCUACCCAGUUAUUAAACCUGGUGGGUUCAUACUCUGCAUUGUUAUUAAAUUACCUGCAAAUAAGUGGAAGGGUAAUCUAAACUAACCAAUUUUACAAUUCUGUUUUGCCAGAAGUCUUGACCUUUGAAUCCUGGGGGGGAGGGGGUACUCCCCUAUAAAAGUGUCAGGGUUGCUCGUCGGAAAAUUUCGAGAACACCCCCUUAAAGGUACGAGAAUCUUGUUUUUAUGAGUUUGUCCCAAAUUCAUUUCCACCCCUAUACAGAGGUACCAAUUCAACAGCAACAAAUUAUAUAACUGCAGUCUCGGUCAAAAUGGUUGGGACACUUUGGGGUCUCCUUGUCCCCUCAAUGUUGGUGUACAAGAUUUGGUGACCAAACCGCGAUAAACAACUUUGAUAGGGACGAGGGUGUUGUGACCGAUCUGGUCGGCAAAUAAUGGAAGAUUACAACGGAUUCAACCUUGGACGAUGGCUUUAUUUCGCCUACACGACUCGUGGCUCCUGAUUCUAUAGUCAGGCGUUACAAUGUCCUACCGAGAGGGAGUCUGGGUCCUAAUACACAACAUCCCUCCCCAUUUAGAUAGAAAACAAUAACAUUUGGCAGAAGUAGAAACAAAAUAAUAAUUGGUCCAAUAAACAUAAACAUGGACUAGCAACAAUGUCAACAAUGUCUGUGAGAAUUCAGUGUCUCUAAAGUUUAAGUACAAUAGUCUUUGAGAUAACUUGGGGCCACUCUGUGUCUCUGGGACCUCCUAAGUGGAACUUCAGGCUCAAUAACAUUUGGUUCGGUAUCACCACACUCUGCUGCGGGUCAGUUUAUCCUGCUUGUGGGGCUCCCGGUCACCACCACUUCCGGUACACUUGGUGUAUCAUCAUGUGUAUCACCAUUCUCUAGCAGUUUCUUUACAUGAGAUGUAUUAUGGGAGUAUUGGGCUCCUCCUGGAGAUUGCACGAUCAAGCUGUUCCGUGCUUGUUUACCACAGUAUACGGACUUGGUUCAAAACGGGUUGUGAGCUUAUUUUUCCUCUCUUGUUGCACUAGCACUUGAUCUCCAGGAAGUACCUCUGAGUACCUCGCAUUCCUUUGCAUGUCAGCGCACGCUUUGCUCUUACUCUUCUGUUCAUUGUCCCUAUCACGCACUUCUUGUUCGACAUGUACAUCGCUCAGCUCAGGAAGCUUGGUGCGUACUUUCCGUCCGAAGAGCAACUCGGCGGGGCUUACACCAGUCGUUGGGUGAGGUAAGCUUCUGUACGCUGCAAGAUAAACAUUCAGCUCUUUCUUCCAGUCCUUCUUUUUUGAGCAUGUGCGAUUUGGAGCCUUUUCAGAAGUGAGCUAUUUUGGCGCUCGACUUCUCCAUUUGCCUGGGGCCAUUUUGCUGUUACCCUGUGGUGUCUGAUUCCCUGCUGCUCCAUGUACUCUGUAAACUCUGUUGCUACGAACUGUGGUCCAUUGUCAGAUGUCAAGCUCUCAGGUAGACCAUGUCUUGCAAAUAUCUCUUCUAGACUCGAGAUGACUUUAAAGGAAACUGUGGAUGUCAUGAUGUCUAUCUCGUAGUAGCGACUAUAGUAGUCAACGACGACCAGAAUGGACUCACCAGUGGUGAGUGGUCCGAGCAAAUCAAUUGCCAAAUCUCUCCAUGGUCCAGUUGGCAUUGCUGUACUCCUGAUAGGCUCUGGUGGGCUGGGACGGCUAACUGACAUCUAUAGCAGGUUUUGCAGUGUUUCUCAGCAUCCUUUUCCAUCUUGGGCCACCACACUUUACUGAGCAACUUCCCAGAUGACCUUCGUGAGUGAGAGACAACACCCUGGGUCUGAGUUUCUUCGGGAUAACGAUUCUUGUCCCUCUUAGUAUCAAUUGUCCCAUGCUGCACAGUUCACUACUACAUGGGAGGUAUUUCUUGUAAGCUAGCUGAUCCCACGGUUUUCCGUUUAGGCAUUCCUUGACUGCACAGAGUUCUUCAUCGAUUGCUGAGGCUUCUUCCACUUCUCCUGUAGUCAUAGCACAGGGGUCGCUUUUAUGGCUAUAAAUCUGACAUAUUCCUCGGCUUCAGCUGAGUGACUGCUGCUGGUUUUAGAUUUCCCACUAGCCUUGAGAGGGGUCAGCAAUGUUGCUCGCCCAGGCUCAUACUUGACCUUGAAUUUGUAUGGCUGCAUUCGUAACACCCAUCUUUCAAUGCGUGCGCAGGGUUUUGACCUUGGGCCGUAAAUAACUUCCAGCGGCUUGUGAUCCGUAACAAGAUCAAAUGGCACACCAUACACAUAGGGAUGGAACUUUUCGCAGGCCCAUACGAGCGCCAGGGCCUCUUUCUCUGUCUGCGAAUAUCUUCUCUCGGUGUCUGUCAGACUACGACUUGCAUAGCAGAUGACUCUCGGUCCAUUCUUCUGCUUUUGGGUCAGUACCGCUCCCAGUCCAACAGGGCUGGCAUCAGCAAUCACUUGGGUUGGGGCAUCUUUGUCGAAGUACCCCAAAGUCUCAGCACAGGUCAAUCGCUCUUUUAGCUCCUGAAACGCCUUCUUCUGUUCACCUCCAAACACGAAAGGGGUCCCUGACUUUGUCAGGCGACGUAAGGGCUCAGAUACCGUUGCCAGGUCGGGUAUGAAGCGGCCACAGUAGUUUACAAGCCCAAGAAAACUUUGGGUUUCUGAUACUGUUCGAGGUUCUCGUGCCUCUUUCACGGCUUUCACCUUUUCUUCUGUGCAACUGAUCCCGUUUCCGGACAAUACCAUGCCAAAGAAUGUGAGUUUAUCCAUGCUAAACUGGCACUUUUCUGCAUUGAGGGUCAGUCCACGUUCCUUUAAUCUCACAAUUACUUUCUCCAACCGCAAAUCGUGCUCUUUCUGGUCUCUACCAUGUAUGAUGAUGUCAUCUGAAAUGUUCUCUUGCCCUUCUAUACCCGCAAGUGCCGUCUGGAUCUCGUACUGGUACUGUUCAGAAGCAGAGUUAACACCAAACAAUAGUCUCUUGUAUCUGAACAGACCGCAGUGGGUAGCAAACGUAGUAAUCUCUCGGGAUUCUGGGGAAAGUUCAAGCUGGUGAUAUCCCCACUUAAGGUCAAGUUUGGAGAAUACCUUGCUGCCACUUAUGCUCUGAGUAAUCUCAUCAACAGUAGGGAUCGGGUGUCUGGCUCUUCGUAUUGCUUUGUUAGCCCUUCGCAUGUCAAUGCAAAGACGGAUGUCACCCCCAGAUUUUGGGACAACAACAAUUGGGUUAACCCACGGUGUGGGCCCCUGUGCAGGUUCAAUAAUGUCUAGUUCAAUGAGUUCUUUAAUCUUUUCUUCCAACUUUGAUCUCAUGCUGAACGGAGUCCUCCGCAUCGGCUGUGCUACUGGCGUCACAUUGGGGUCGAUGUGGAGCUGUACUGCUCUGUCUUUCAACUUUCCAACGCCGCUGAAAACAUUUGGGUACUUCUGUUGCAGGAUCCCACCAAUGGUCUGUGGGUCUGCACUUACUGCAGUGAUGCCAAUCCCUAUUUUCAGUACGCCCUAGACUAGUUGCAGUGUCCUUCCCCAGAAGGGGGUCUCCUUCACCAUUAAUCACACAAAAUUUGGCACUAGCAGUAUUGCUUCCUGCAGAGACUUCACAGGAGAAUGUUCCUAUCACAUCAAGUGGUGUCUGGGAUGCGAGGCAUAGAGUUUCCUACUCGAGCGAGCUGAUUCACACUUCACUUUGUUUUUCUUCAACCACUCCCAUGUUUCCUUGUCAAUGAUGUUAGUGCUUGCUCCAGAAUCUAUGAUCAUGUUCAGCUUACAACCUCCAACGGUUACUUCAAUCUUCUCAUUCCUGCCUCCUACCGUAAAAGCAUACCCGGUUCCUCUUCUUCGUUGUGGCAACCAACCAUAUUUGCGGCACCUCCCUUGGGGUUCCUGUGGCCUUUGGUUUGUUUUUGCUUUUCUUCACCUUUCUGCUUGGUCCUGCACUGCUCUUGAAAAUGUCCUUCCAGCCCACAUCGAUGGCAGAAUUUACCUCUUGCUGGACAGUUAGAGUCUCGAACCGAAAUGUCGGUUUUACCACAUCGGUAACAAGUUUUCUCACGGCGGUUUUGGUAUCUCGUGACUGAUUUCUCUUGCCAUGGCCUGUCUUUGUUCCCUCUAUGCGGUUUACACUAGCUGAAUUCUCUCCCUUUUCCUCUAUGGUCAUUGCAGCAAGCUGUGCGUCGACUUUUUCGCAGUUCUGGGCGAUUUCAAGCGCUCUAGCUAAAGUGAGGCCUUGACGUUCUUCCAGGAGUUUUCGUUUUAUAUACGUGCUGGUGCACUUGCAGAGGAUUUCAUCAUCAAUUUGGUUAUCUGUAUCUUCGCCAUAGUCACAAUCUUUCGAUGCUCGUCGGAGUCUGGUUGCAAACUGUCGGAUUGUUUCCCCUGGUGCUUGAAUUAGCUGUCUGAAACAGUGUCUAGCAUACGUAGUGUCGACUUUGGGGCGAAGUAUGCGUUCAGUGCAUCGACCGCUUUCCGGUAAUCUUUCACAUCUCCCGUGUUCGGCAGGGUAAGGAAAAUAUCUUGAACAUCGGGUCCCGCGAGAUGGAGCAUUAAUGCACGUCUCCUCUGCCUGUUGUUCGCGUUGUCUUCAUUUAGAAUUAAGCCUUUGCCAUCUGCAAAUAGUUCGAAAGCUGUCAGCCACCGUUUCCAUCGCAAGCCAAGCGUGUUUUGGUCCCCAUGACAGUCGAAUGUUUUGAUAUGGUUUCGUUCAUUAUCGUCCAUGUUUCUCGCGAACUUUUCGUCUCGCUGACUUCUUGGGAUCUUGUUUUACCCUCGUCGCCAAUGUUGUGACCGAUCUGGUCGGCAAAUAAUGGAAGAUUACAACGGAUUCAACCUUGGACGAUGGCUUUAUUUCGCCUACAUGACUCGUGGCUCCUGAUUCUAUAGUCAGGCGUUACAAUGUCCUACCGAGAGGGAGUCUGGGUCCUAAUACACAACAGAGGGGAGCACGAGAAGGGAAAAAACAGCAUUUGGUUAAGGUGUCCCAACUAUUUUUGUCUGAGACUGUGUUACUGCAAAUUUUGAAGUAAUAAAGAUAACUUUUUUUUGUACUUCUCACCUUAUACCGCUCUUUAAUUUUGCCUUGUAUCAGUUAUGGUAUCUGUGCGUGGGGUCAUGCUGCUGAAACGCAUCUUCAUAAGCUACUGGUUCUCCAGAAGAGAGCCCUUAGGCUAAUGUUCUUCGCUGAACCAAGAACUCAUGCAGUUCCGUUGUUUUUAGAAACAAAACAGUUGCCGAUAUCAUUCUUGCUAUUUGAGCAAAUGAGCCUUUUAAUGUAUGACGUCCAUAAUAAUCUCGCUCCUGAUAACAUUAAGAAUAUGUUCACGAAACUGUCUUCUGUCCACAGUUACCGGACUAGAUCUGUUACUUAUGAAAAUUACUAUGUUGAACAAGUUAGAACUGAAUAUGAAGCGAGCCUUCUCUAUUUCCGGUGCUUUAAUUUGGAACAGUAUUCCACUUUCUAUGAAAACAUUUUAAAAAAAUCAAUUCAAAAGCGAACUAAAGAGAAAACUCUUUGAAAUACUGGAAAAAGAGGACGACUAUUUUAGAGUUUCUGAUAUUGCAGGGCAAUUCUCAAAAUCAUAACAUGGUGUGCUUCCGUAUGAAGUACAGUCUGCCUUCCUGUCUCACUCUGGCUAUAAACCACACGACAAACUAGACUGCUUCUAGGAUUGUUCGUUUAACAUAUAUAUAUAUAUAUAUAUUUAUACAAUUUUCCUUUUUCUCUUGUACCCGCCUCAAAUAGCCUUUGCUAAUUGCGGGCACAAGCUUUGUAAGCUAUAAUUUUAUUAUUUAUUUGAAAUAAACUUGUUGUUUCGAACACUUUCUUCUCAAGGACUUUUUGAAAGUAUUGUCAAAAUUCUUUAUCUGGCAGCAGCCAUUUCAGGUUUUAGCACCCUUCUUGACAAGUAAAUUGGGUGUUCCAGGAAAAAAUCGGUACUUGUACCAUGGAAGGUUUAUCGUAAUUCCUAAGGGGAGGGUUGGUGUAAGCAAGCCAGAAACUGUGAUCACAGUAAAAAAGAAGAAGGUCAACAAAACACCAAAAGGGCCAAUGCCGUACUUUGCCUUUACAAAAAAUAAUAUCAUAGAUUGAUAAAUAUCACAUGGCAGUAAUGCCAGGAAAACACGUAUUGCAAUCCUUAAAGGUUGAAUUAAGUGAGUAGAUUCCGGACAAAAAACCUGGUUAAGUCCCUUAAAAGUCAAUUUUUUUUAUUUGUAUACUUCUUUUACCAUUUUUAAUAUAUUUUCAUGCGGCACAGUCAUAAACACCCUGCCAAAGGAGCCUUUUUUUGGUUACUCAAUUUUGCCAUUCUUCAGAAAGACUCUGCAUAAAUCAAGUAAGAUCUUUGUUGAGCAUGUAUUGCAUAUUGCUAGAAUACAACUUUGAACCCAGGCCUAAUAUCAAUGUGCUGGAUAUAGCAGGCUCUGUUAUGAACAUGGCAUCAAUAAAAAGGAUGCACGAAUUAAAAAACCCAGUUAUUGAAUUCGGCUUUUGUAUCAUAUGAAGAAUUAUGGAGAUCAAGGAGGGUGUUAUGGCCGAGAUGGAUAACACCCUCCUUGAUCUCCAUAAUUCUUCAUAAGAUACUCAGCGUCAUUCAUUAAUUGAUUGCUAAAUAUUUCCACUUGUAGGUUUUCUUUGGGCAGCAAAUGUGUCAAUCAAAUUUGCAUUUAAUUUUCUGGUUGGGUUAAGGAUUCAUGUGUUAUCUCAACUAACAAAGAGAAAGGACCUUGCUUUAAAAUAUGGUGGCAAGUGGGCAGGUUAGUUAUAAAAUCACUUCUGUUAGUUAUUAUUUUACUUGUGCUUUGAGGUUUUGUCACUGUUAAGAGAUUGCUCAUAAUUAUCCUGAAUAUUAUUAU